AUGGUCGGAUGCAUUGAGGUGAAGCUGGCUUCAAAAGGCUUCUUGGCUUUAGCAGCACAACUGUCCAACAUGAGCUUAAUUCAAGUGCAGCUAAGUGACUACAUGGAUAUUACUGGCCCCGGGCGAGAAACAGAAGAUGAUCUAUUGACAACGACGCUUGCUGAAGAGCUUCAUGCAGCUUGCAGCGGGGUUCGGUGUCAGUGCGGUUUCAAAUAUCUGACUCGCCAGCAGAGGAUUGGAUUUAUCAGUGCAGUACGAUCCAUUCUGAAGUUGGCACCCGGAGCCCUCACGACGGCUGGAGUGCCGUGUUCCUCCUAUGUUUUCAUGAACCGAUCGACGUCUCAACGCAGCCCGGCAAAUCCACUUGGCCGGGAGACCCUGGGAUAUGUUGCCGAUGCAAAUCGGAGCCUUGGCUUUUGCUGA